CGCGGGGUAUAGGUGAGGGCGCGUCCUUACCCAGCUCCGCGCUGGCGCAUCUGGCGCCGCUCCUCUCGUGCUAUAGACAAAACUGUUAGAUCGACUGCCCUUGAAAUGGUGCCGAGCCAGACUUACUAGACGCCAUCACACACAGACGACACGGCCCUUCGCAGAUCGCGACGCAGGCAGAAACACCGUGGGUUUUGGGCGAGUGUUGCUGUUGAAGGUGCCUGGCCUUGAAGCUCCCAGACGCGGGCGAAUCAUUCGGCUUGGCGCUCCGCAUGCCAUUCUGCCCCGACCAGGCGUCAGAUAAGGUAUUUUUUUUAUGAAGAUUUAUUCUACGACCUACAAGAAUAUCUGGAGAUUUAUCCAUCUCGUUGAUUUUUAUUGUGACAGGAAACCAUUAUACUCUAUUCUGUUAAUUAAUAGUUCAACAUGGGCUGGUUCUGGGGCGACAACAAAGACGACCCUGUCAAGAAGCUCGAUCCCAAUUUGCGAGACUAUCUUGAGCACCAAGGCCCGUCGAAAUAUGUGCCUACCACGCCGAUAGAGCCGUCCAAGCCGGGAGAGCCGACGAGGCUCCCGAAUAAACCGAUCGCAGCCUCCUCUGGCGAAGGCGAGGAGGCAGAUACCCCGCAGGUUCCGUCUGCCUCGCUCUUCCCCGAUGGCCGCUACGCUCACCUGUGGAAGACGUACAAGCCGCCGAGAGAGGAGGAGCAGACGGGGAUGAACGGUGCCUCCCGCGUGGUCGAGAAGUACAAGGAGCACAAGGAUUCGGUGCAGCGGGCGGCGAUGGAGAACUGUGCGUUGGAGCAAGAGGCCCUGACCUUCUGUUUCCAGACGGGCAACUGGCAACAACGCCUCAAGGCACGAGCGACGAUGUGCUCGGAGGAGAACGGAAAGUUUUCCCGUUGCUUUACAACACAGGCGAAAUUCCUACAGGCAUUAGGCUACGCUGCCUCGUUCGACUACGACCCGGAGCGCGAGGAACGGAUCCAGAUGCACGCCGACAAGCUCUACCACGAGAUGCUCGACUAUGAGAAGCAAGUCAAGGACGCUCAGGCGGCGGGGAUGGAGCCGCCGCCACUCACCUCGCUGUUCAACCCAGGAAACACCGCGCCGCAGGAGGUCCAGGCUCCGAAGGCAGAGAAGCUACCGGCCGGAUUCAAACCCUCGAAGCCCUGGGAACAGCUGUCGCCGCACGAGCGCGAGCUGGAGCUCCGCGCACACAAUGCCCAGCUGGCGCAGCAACAAUUAUACGUGCAGGAGGCGUCGCCCUUUAUGAAGUCGCAGGAAGACCAGAGGGCCAAACGCCAGCAGCGGGCCACCAGCUGGUUCGGCGAGACGAUUGGGAGAUGGGUUUCCUAACCUUGAGGAUAUGUUGUUGCAUCUUCAUUUGUGUAUAUUAUUAUCAUGGCGGGUUUUUUUUUU